AUGGCGCCUAUGUCCAUUGCAGACCUUGUGGCUGCCCUCCCCGCUGAGGACACCUGGGGCCCCGCCACUCCCUCCGACAACAUGCUCGAUGGCGUUCCAUACGCUCCCUUCUCCAAGGGUGACAAGCUAGGCCGUAUGGCUGACUGGACGGGGGAUGGCAAGAGUGACAGGGGUGGCCGUCAGGCAUACAACCGGAAUUACAGAGAUCAGCAGGUUUACGGCGCAGGCACCUCCAGCUUGUUCAACAUCCAGGUCGCCGAGGACGAGUCUUCCUUCUCCGUUGUUGACAACACCCGCACAUCGACCAAGCGUACCUUCGCCCGUGGUGGUGGCACCGUCUUCCGUGGCCGCGGUCAGCGUGGUGUUGGCCAGAGGGGUGGUCGCGCUGGCUUCCAGAGAGUCGGUGCUGGCCGUGGCCAGGGCGGCGAUCGCUACUAUGACAACCGCUCUGCACGCGGCAACCGUGGCCGUCGUUUUGGCUGGAAGGACUAUGACAAGCCGCAGAGAACCCGUGAGCCCUCGGUCAACGUCCGUCCUGACUGGACCAUGCUGGAGGAGGUUGACUUCAACCGGCUGUCCAAGUUGAACCUUGAGGCUCCCGAGGGUGAGGAUCUGGAAUCUUAUGGUUUCCUCUACUACUACGACCGGUCUUACGACAAGGCCCCCGUCAAGAACGCCGAGCGCAAGCUGCAGGCCAUGGAACGUGCCGCUUACAACGUCACCACUUCUCAGGAUCCUGUUAUCCAGGAGCUUGCCGAGAAGAACGAGGCGACCGUUUUCGCCACCUCGGACAUUCUGUCCAUGCUUAUGUGCGCUCCUCGCAGUGCCUACUCGUGGGAUAUCGUUAUCGUCCACCAGGGCGACAAGAUUUACUUCGACAAGCGCGAGGGUGCUUCCAUCGACUUGGUCACUGUCAACGAGAAUGCUGUAGAUGCCCCUAUUGAGUCAACUGACUCUUCCGGCAAGCAGGAGUCGAUCAACACCCCCAGUGCUCUCGCUCUGGAAGCCACAUUCAUCAACCACAACUUUGCUCUGCAGACUGUGGUGGAAUCUGAGGAGUCCAAGGUUACCUUCAACCACCCGAACCCCUUCUACAAUGCCGCCGAGGAGACAGAACCCCUUGCCUCCAAGGGAUACAAGUACAGACGGUUCGACCUGUCCCUGCAGGGUGACGAGGAGCCUCUCAACAUGAUCGUCCGUACCGAGGUCGACGCCGUCAUGAAGAACCCCCUAGGCGGCGAGGACCAGCAGCUGAUCGUCAAGGCUCUCAACGAGUUCGACAGCAAGGCUCCCGGCUCUGGUGGCGCUCUGGACUGGCGCAGCAAGCUCUGGUCUCAGCGCGGUGCCGUCGUGGCCACCGAGAUGAAGAACAACAGCAUCAAGCUCGCCCGCUGGACCACCCAGGCCAUCCUGGCCAAGGCCGACGCCAUGAAGCUUGGUUUCGUCUCGCGUGCCAACCCCCGUUCUGCCACCUCCCACGUCAUCCUUGGUGUUGUCGGCUACAAGCCCCGUGAGUUCGCCGCCCAGAUGAACCUGAACCUCGGCAACGGAUGGGGUAUCGUUCGUACUAUUGUCGACCGUAUCCGCUCCCUCGAUGCCGAAGAGGAGGAGGACAAGGUCAAGAAGUACGUCCUCAUCAAGGACCCCAACCGCCCUGUCAUCCGUCUGUACAGCGUGCCCCCCAACACUUUCGAGGAAGACGACGAGGCCGCCGAGGAGCAGGAGGAGAAGGCCGAGGAGGAGUCCGAGGAGUAG